AUGGCAUCGUCACGCCCAGCAGCCACGCUGCUGCGUUCCCUCAGACGGGCGGGACCGUUCGCGCAAGCCCCCCGCGCGGCUACGACGUCACGCCGCGCCCACUCGACCUUCUCCUCCGUCUCCCCCGACGAGGUCGAGCACUUCAACGCCCUCGCCGCCGACUGGUGGGAUCCGCACGGCUCGUCGCGGCUGCUGCACCUGAUGAACCCGCUCCGCCACACCUUCAUCCGCGACUGCCUCAACAGCCAGUACGACCCGCCGUCGACCCCGACCCGGUUCCUCGACGUCGGCUGCGGCGGCGGCAUCUUCGCCGAGAGCGCCGCCCGCCUCCCCGACACCGCCGCCGUCACCGCCAUCGACCCCACGCCCGGCGUCCUCGCCAUCGCCAAGGCUCACGCCCGGAGGGACCCCGCGCUGAGGGGCAAGCUGGAGUACAAGUCGGCCACGAUCGAGACGCUCCCCGUGCCGCAGCAGCCGCAGCAGCUGUACGACGUCGUCUCCGUCUUCGAGGUCGUCGAGCACGUCUCCUCGCCCGAGGAGUUCCUGGACCGCUGCCUGCCGUUCGUCCGGCCCGGCGGCUGGCUCGUCGGCAGCACCAUCGCGCGGACGUGGACGAGCUGGGUCACGACGAACCUGGUGGCCGAGGACAUCCUGGGCAUCGUGCCCAAGGGCACGCACGACUGGCGCAAGUACAUCAACGAUCACGAGCUGAAGGGCAUGUUCAUGGGCAAGGGCUGGGAGAUGCCGCGCGUGCUGGGCGUCGUCUACAUGCCCGGGCUCGGGUGGAAGGAGGUCAAGGGGAGCGAGAAGGUCGGCAAUUACUUCUUUGGCGUCAGGAGGGUGGCGUGA